AGAAGACAAAUCCUCUACCCCAUGGCUUCCCGACGGAGAACGAAGACCUCGGCCGGGGCCCGUAAGUCUGGCGGUGGCGGCAGCGUGAGUCGAGGAGGCGGCGUGAGAGCGGCCGCCCAGGCGCGCGUCUCCCUGGGGCCCGCCGGAGAGGGCCUGGACCCCGCGGACCGGCGGGACAAGCUGGAGGUCUUCCUGCAGGACUUCGACAGGGAAGUGUUGGCUCGGAAGCAGCAGAUCCAAACCCUGACGAGCUCCAUGCUGGAGGGGCUGAACAUGUGCUACUCGCUGCGCAUCUCCUCGCUGCCAGCACGCGUGCGUGCCAUGAGCCUGCAGGAAUACAAAGCUAUGAGUCUUGGGAAUGAGCAAUUGGAGCCUCCACUUGAGGAGCUACUGGAGGCCGAUAUGGUGCUGGACAAGGCAAUGCGGCUAAGGGGAAAACGCGUAGGCGGUGUUAAGCUGGAGAAACAAGUGACGGUGCAGGGAUCGAGCAGAGGAGCGACCGCAGGAGAGGAAACGGAGAAGCUUGCUGCCCAGGAGGGAUCCAGUCUGCGCAAUAGAGGCUCUUCACGCAAGCUCCCCGCUGGCAAAGUGAAGUCCACCUCUCUGGCCACCAAGCCAAAGAAAGAAAGAAGCUCCCAGAAAAUGGACAGUGGUUACUCGACUGUGAAAUUUAAAAGAGGACUGUCCAGCAAAUCGGCCUCAUCAUUAGGGGUGCGCACACCACCUGCAUUUGAUCCCAGGUUGGCCCGUACGCCCCACAUGUUCAGAACGCGCGCGGGGUCAAAGCUCCCGCGCGACUCCAUCCGAUUGAGCGGCACCAAUGUAGAAGGGGAGACGAGCGUGUCACAGGACAAACUCUCCGUCCUCUGCCAAAAGUCUGGCUCCAGUCCGAGCUAGCCAACACUGGGCCGACCGCCACCUGCCCUGUCCUAUGCCUCUCUUAGCUCGGCUGAAGAUGAGCCAAGAGAAAGAACACUUCUUACCGUCAACCACCCUCCAACCCACACCACCUUACCACACCCCAACCCACUCGCUGCUGUUGGCUUCUGUUUUCUGGACUUAUGCUCAACUGGUCCGGAGAGACAUGCAGGAGUGGAAUGCAAUACCAUGACGAAACGGCUGGUGAAGAAGCACUCGCAAUUACAUUUUGUUAUCCGACUUCCUGCCUUGUAAUUGUUAAAUUAUAUUAUGUGAUUUAAAAUUAGAAGUGGUAACACGAUAACUCUUAGUGUGUCCGUUAUAAGUGUUUAUGUUACUUGCUCACUUUUGUCUGCAAAAGCAAUUUUAAGCAGGUUCAUAUUCUUGGAUCUUUCGGUAAAGUCACGUAGAAGGGAA